AUUUUUUAUUCAUUUUUGGUUAAUUUAUAUGUUGGAGAAUUUUGUUCCCUCAAAAUUUCAUUAGAGAAAUGCAAUCUUCCUCUGUUGUCCCUCUGUAUACUAGCGUAGUUGAGGGAGGCCACAUGGAUCUGUUAAGGAUGAUAGAUGAGGAUGAUCAGGAUUGGAUAAACUUCGAAACCUGCAAUGAAGAGGACGUUGGCAUUGAUGAGGAGCAAUUAAUGAAGGAUGGACAUUGGAAUUCAAAUUCAAAUUUCAUAAAUACAGAGGAAGAAAGGGAGAGGCAGCAUACAGAUGAAGGAAAUGAGGGUAGAGAGGAUGUGGGUAGUGGGCCAACCAAAGACAUUGGGCCAAAGACAACAAAAGAAAUUGGGCUGGGAGAAAUUGGACUGAAAGUUGUAGAUGGCCGGGGAAGGGACCUUAGCCACGGACAGAAGAUGAGGAUUAAAAAGAAAGGGCCCGAGGAGACAAAUGAUGAGGGGAUUUUACCGAAAACAAAUCUGGAUCUGAGGGUACUAGGGAGCAAACGAAGAAGAAAGCUGGAGGAAUGUUACCCAGAGAGCUUAGCGAAAAGCUGGGCAAAGAAGAUGCAGGAGACAAAUGCAAGAGCAAACCAAGGACACAAAGGGAGAGCAGAAUCUUCAACAGGGUCAGCGAAUAAGGUAAAUCUGGUCGUCAGUCGUUCAAUUUCUAAUGGAUGCAUUGCAAAUAGAAACAGGGAGCUUAGAAGAGAGAUGAUCUUGCAUGAGGAAUCGAUAGGAGCAUCAGGAGGCUUGUUGUGUUUUUGGAACAAAAAGACUUUUGAUAAGACGGGAGAUCACACAGGCGAUGGUUAUCUGAGAAUAUCAGGGGAGUUGGGAAUUUAUAAGGUGAAGUGUAACCUAGUGAAUGUGUAUGGUCCAAAUGAUAGACAGAAACAACUCAAGUUAUGGGAUGAGCUAAGGAAUAUGAUCACAAAAGAGGGAGGACCAUGGUUGAUUGCGGGAGACUUUAAUGCUGUAAGAUGCGCUUUACAUGGUACAGCCAUGAGUAGACUGGAUAGAGUUUUGAUGAAUGCAGAGAUGAGCAGAAUGGGAGGAGAUUGGGUGCAACAGGGCUUGAAACGGAACAUCUCAGAUCAUUGUGCAAUUGUGCUGAAAUCAAGAACAACUAACUGGGGACCAAAGCCAUUCCGAGUUUUGGAUGCAUGGUUACUCCAUCCAGAUUUCAAGAAGAUAAUCGAGGAGAAAUGGAAAGCAAUGGAGGUAGAUGGGUUUGCAGGGUACAAAUGCAAACAGAAGUUAAAGGGGUUAAAAGAGUUUUUAAAAGGAUGGAACCAAGAAGUAUUUGGAGACAUGGAAGCUCAAUAUGAACAGGCUGUUAAACAGAUUGAGCAGAGGAAAAUCAAUGGCUUGAACGACCAUUCUCCACCGAAGAAAUUGAGGAAGCAUUACGAAGUUGUGAAGGCUCAAAAGCUCCGAGUCCAGACGGCAAAGGUGUUGGCUAAUAGACUUAAAUCUGUGCUACCGGGGAUUAUUAGUGAAAAUCAAUCUACUUUUUGGGGAGGGCGUCAGUUAGUGGAUGGGGUUUUGGUGUUGAAUGAAGUGGUUGAGGAAGUAAAGAGAAAGAAACAACAGGCUUUUGUUUUUAAAGCGGAUUUUGCGAAGGCAUAUGACUGUGUGAAUUGGUCAUUCUUGGAAUGGAUGAUGGAUAGAAUGGGUUUUGGAACCAAGUGGAGAAGUUGGAUCAUGGAAUGCUUAUCAUCUUCUAGAAUUUCAGUUCUAAUUAAUGGCAGCCCGACGGAGGAGUUCAAGGUUGAAAAAGGAUUACGACAAGUAAGUUGGGUAGAAGGAUCAGCCGACAUGCUACGUUGUGGUGUUGGGAAAUCUCCUUUCAUUUAUUUGGGAUUGCCUGUUGAUGGAAAUUCGGGGAGAAAGAAGUUAUGGGAGCCACUGAUAAAUAAAUUCCGAGCCAAAGUCGCCGUCUGGAAAGCUGCUUCGCUAUCCUUUGGUGGCCGCCUCACUCUGCUCAACUCGAGAACCUUUUUAUGGGGAGGGGUUGAGUCACAAAAAAAGAUCUCUUGGGUGAAAUGGGAAUAUGUAUGCUGUAGUAAAAUAAAAGGGGGAUUGGGGGUGUCAGACUUACGUAGGAAAAAUUGGGCUAUCUUAGGAAAGUGGUGGUCUAGGUUUGGGGAUGGUGUAGAGAGCUUAUGGAAACGAAUAGUUAAGGAGAAAUAUUAUGGGGGCAAGUGGGAGGAGGUGGACAUUUCAACAAUUGGGAACCAGAGGAUGUCUAAAAUAUGGAGGGAUAUUAUUAAGAUAGAGGGGAGAUCUAUGAAGCUUAGAAAUAUGUUGGUGGAGGGGUUUAAAUGGGAAGUAGGGGAAGGGAAUCGAGUGAGCUUUUGGAGUGAACCAUGGGUAGGGAAUAAAACUUUAAGGGUUUUAUAUCCAAGAUUGUAUGAAUUUUCUACGAACAAGGAGUGUAAGAUUAGUGAUAUGGGGGUAUGGGAGGGAGACAAAUGGCGCUGGAAAAUGGAGUGGAGGAGAGAUAGAAUAGGGAGAGAAAAGGAUGAGGAGGAGAAAUUAAGGGAAGGAUUGGAGAGGCUACAAUUAAAGAAGAGAGUGGAAGAUGGUUGGAGGUGGACUCAUGAUCCGAAGGGCAGAUACGGGGUGAAGAAAGCUUACGAUUUUUUAGCCCCAACAGAGUGUGUCCUAGACGAGCAGUGGAGGAAGUUAAUAUGGUGUAAAUUAGUACCCUCUAAAGUGUCUUUCUUUGGGUGGAGAUUGUGCCUUGAUAGGCUUCCAACUCAAUGGAAUAUUAGGAAGCGAGGAGUACCUCUGCAGGAAGAGGAAUUAAAAUGUGUUUUGUGUAAGGACAAGGUGGAGGAAGUUAAUCACUUGUUUAGUAUGUGUAAGGAAGUAUGGAUUUUUUGGGUAGAGGUGCUGCAGUGGUGGGGCAUGGUGACUGUUAUGCCUAAUAACGCACUAAGUGUGGCAAACAUUUUUGUAAAUGAUUUGGGUAGGUUAAUAGGGAAGGAGAUGGGUGCUUGUAUCUUCCUUGUGGCUGCAUGGUAUUUAUGGUAUUGGAGAAAUGGUGAGGUGUUUAACAAUGGAAAUAACAUUAGAGGAAGAUUAAUGGAGAUGGUCCAAGCCAAAUCAUUUUUCUGGAUUAAGAAUAAGAUUCAUGGGUGUGUCUUUUCAUUCCAUGAAUGGAAGGCGUCUAAUGAGCUACUGCAACAGAUUUCUCUCGGCAAUGCUAAAUGGGAUUUCUAAUGGCAUAGUAUUUUGUCUUCUUUAUGGAUGUUUUUCUGGUCUUUUGAUACUUAGUUUGUUUGUUUCCUGAUAGUUGGGGUUGUGUUGGUUUACUCUCCUUUCAUUUUUGUAAUUGGGCAGGAGUACCCUUGUACUCCAAUUAAUAAAUUUCAUUUUGCUGA